AUGGUCUCCUUCGCCACUCUCCAAGUCGCCACUCUGGUGCAAGCUACCUUCCUGCUAGGCAUGAACACUGCCUUAAGCAGCAUUUCCAUCCCCUCCAUCCUCGUCUCGCCCUCACCCAUCCUCGCCAUCCGCCAAUGGCACACGCAAUUUCGCCGCGCCCAAGUCCCGGGCACCGUGCUCAGUGCCUCGAGCCUCAUUCUCUCCCUUAUCCUCGCCUACGGCUCUUGGGACAAAUCCGGCUCCUUCACCAACAAAACGACCAUGCUAUACGUGGCCAGCAGCGUCAUGGCGUUUUUGAUCUUCCCCUUUACGCUGCAUUAUGUGGUUCCGCUUAACGAUGCGUUGGCUCAGAAGUUUCGGGAGCAGGAGGAGUUUCAUUAUGCGGAUUUUCCGGAGAAGGAUGCGGGGAUGCAGACUGCUUAUUACCAUGAGAGGAUUGCAUACUGGGGAUGGCUCAACCGCUUCAGGGUCGCUUUGUACUUUGGUGUUGUGCUCGUCAAUGCUGUGGCUGUUUUGGCUUAG